CUGUUUGUCAAUACUUUAGGCAGAUAGACGUUAGCGUUCUGCAAUCGGCAACUUUAAAUCAAAUUCAGAGAGAGAGAGAGAGAGAGAGAGAGAAGCCGUCUAUCUCUGAAAUCAUGCGUUAGAGCAGCUUCUACUUAUCAUUUUUAGCUCUCAAACCCUUCAAAAGUUUCAAUUUUCCUCCAUCAAUGGAUGAAGGGACUGUUUUCAUUGCCAAGCUCAACCGUAUAACCGUAUCUUCCUUUUUGGUUGAACCAAAACAAGAAUCCUAGUUCAUAUUUGGCCUUUCUUGGCUUGGUUUGUUUUCUUGGAAACCAGGCGCAGUAUGGAGAUUUCAGCUGAGAAGAGCAAGAAACAAGAUGGAACUGAGUCGUUCACCGAUUCGGCCGGAGACUGCAGAGACACUAGCACAUGUUCGAGCAGAUCGAGCUCAGAUGCUUCGGCCGACGAAGCCAAGGCAAAGCCGUGUUCGUCGCCGGCGCCGUUAGGUUGGCCCAUUCGCAAGGCCCAUCUGUCAAAGAGCUCGGCUUCUGACGUUUCUGGAGGCGAAGCCAAAUCCCAUUUGGACGAUUCGAGGUUGAAGAAGCUGGGCUCGGAAAUUUCAGAAGUUGACAUGAUGAAAGAGAGGUUCGCAAAGCUGUUGCUCGGUGAAGACAUGUCGGGAAGUGGUAAAGGGGUUUGCACGGCGCUGGCAAUUUCAAACGCCAUCACCAAUCUCUGUGCAUCUGUGUUUGGGCAACUCUGGAGAUUGGAACCAUUGCCAUCUGAAAAGAAAUUGAUGUGGCGAAGAGAGAUGGAAUGGCUUCUUUGUGUUAGUGAUCACAUCGUUGAGUUAAUGCCUUCUUGGCAAACAUUUCCUGAUGGAAGUAAGCUCGAGGUUAUGAGUUGCAGACCGCGAUCAGAUCUUUUCAUCAACCUUCCAGCUCUUCGUAAGCUAGAUAACAUGCUCCUAGAGAUACUAGAUAGUUUUAGGGACACAGAGUUUUGGUAUGUUGAUCAAGGGAUUAUAGCCCCAGAUGCCGAUGGUUCAGCCUCUUUCCGAAAGCCCAUUCAGCGACAGGAGGAGAAAUGGUGGCUACCUGUGCCUCGUGUACCUCCUGGCGGUGUCCAUGAAGAUACGAGGAAGCAAUUACAUCACAAGCGGGAAUGCGCAAGUCAGAUACUAAAAGCUGCAACUGCUAUCAACAGCACUGCUUUAGCUGAAAUGGAAGUUCCUGAAUCAUUCUUGGAAUCUCUCCCAAAGAAUGGGAAGUCUUGUUUAGGAGAUUUUAUUUACAGGUACAUCACUUCAGAACAGUUUUCCUCAGAGUGCUUGCUUGAUUGUCUUGACCUGUCGUCUGAACAUGUUGCUCUGGAGAUCGCAAACCGGGUGGAGGCAUCAAUUUAUGUUUGGCGUAGACGAAUUCACUCAAAACCAGUGAUCAAUGCAAACCGUUCAUCAGCUUCGAAAUCAUCUUGGGAGAUUGUCAAGGACCUAAUUGUUGAUGGGGACAAGAGGGUAUUGCUGGCAGAAAGAGCCGAAAGCCUCCUGCUUUGCUUGAAACAGCGGUUCCCUGGUCUAACACAGACCACCUUGGAUACCAGCAAGAUACAGUACAACAAGGACAUCGGGAAAUCCAUUCUGGAAAGCUACUCAAGAGUUCUGGAAAGCCUAGCAUUUAACAUUGGUGCGCGUAUUGACGACCUGCUAUACGUGGAUGACCUGACUAGGCAAUCCGAGAAGCUCUCCUCGGUCCCCGCCGCAUUAAGUCUGAUUGCCCACAAGAGAGUUCCAGUCCCCCAUUCGGUGCCAGUCUCGGGCACUCCAUACAAAACAGCCUUUGGCACACCAACCGCCUUUUCGCCUGCUGCACCCUUGGUUAGUCCGGCAAGGGGAGAGAGAACUCCAUUUCUGAGCAUCAACGUCAACAGGCCUCCUCGCCGCGGGUUUGGUGUAAAACGGGUCUUGACAAAUUAUCUUGGCGGGGAAGCGAAGACCAAGAACUGUGGGAAUGCCACCAAAGCUUUGGCUUUAGUCCCCAACCAGCAGGCUGCUGAAGUGCAUGCUUCUCGGGUUGGGACCCAAAGCAGACACUGUCAAAAGGAGUCUUCUUCGGUUCUCCAAGACGCGAAUAGGUCGCUGCAGAUUGAUCGUUGAUGAGUAUGAUCGGCCGUAGACUUAUUGUUUAGCACUAACUAAUCGGUUACUAGACCCCGCCUGAUUUCUUUCUGUGUUGCUAGUUGUUUGCACUUGUUUAAUUCAGUUUCAGACAGUAGAAUCAUAUCUAUAAUAUAGUUACGAUGUUGUACUUAUGGAUGGGGCCAGAGCUGAAUCAUAUCUAAAUAUACACCUCUUUGUGAAAUGCCAUUGCUUUGUCU